GAGAGAGAGAGCAAUGGAGACUCUUCAGACUCUUCUUCUUCUUCCAAUUUCGUUCACUGCUUUCGUCCUUAUCCUGAUCUUCCUUCUGCAAAAAUGGCUGCUUUCCAAUCAAAACACGUCAAAAGCCUCACCCCCAUCUCCGCCAAAGCUUCCAAUCGUCGGCCACCUUUUGAAUCUCGGCCGCCUUCCUCGUAUCACUCUCCAAAACUAUGCUCGUCGCUAUGGUCCUCUGUUUCUCCUUCACUUGGGCGCCAAGCCCACCAUCGUGGUCUCUUCUCCCCAACUGGCUCGUGAUAUCAUGAAGACCCACGACCUCAUCUUUGCCAAUCGACCCAAAUCAAGCGUGGCUGAUAAGCUUCUUUAUGGGUCAAAAGAUAUAGCGAUGUCUCCUUAUGGCGAAUAUUGGAGGCAGAUGAGAAGUAUUGGCGUGCUCCACCUUUUGAGCAACAACAGGGUCCAAUCAUUUCGUUAUGUUAGAGAACAAGAAGUCAAAGCCAUGAUCGACAACAUCCAACACAAUCCACUUUCGGUUAACUUGACUGAACUCUUCUCUCGACUGACCAACGACGUGAUUUGCAGGGUGGCUUUAGGGAGAAAAUAUGGGAUUGGUGAAGACGGGACGAAGUUUAGGUCCCUUCUCUUGCAAUUUGGGGAAUCAAUGGCGAGUUUUAGCAUUCGAGACUUCAUUCCAUGGCUGGGUUGGAUUGAUGGUAUUAGUGGGUUGGACGUCCAAGCGAAGAGGGCAGCCAAAGAGCUGGAUGUUUUCUUAGAUAGAGUGAUUCAAGAUCAUGUCCAUCCAGAGAACAGAGAUGAACACAAUGACUUGGUGGAUACUCUACUCUGUAUCAAAACAGAGGACUCCAUUGGUUUCCCCCUUGAAAUGGACAGCAUUAAAGCUGUAAUCUUGGACAUGUUUGCAGCAGGCACAGUGGUUGGAUUUUAUUGUACUGUGUGGCUAUAUCAUAAACUAUUAGAUAUGUCCACUCAGACACCGUAG